AUGCAUUUCUUUUUCUUCUCUCCAUCCAGACGUUCCCUCAAAGUGGAACAAGCCCUGCCAGAGGUGGACGAGGACGACGGCCUGCUGCAGAGAAGCUUGCAGGACGGACUGAGAGAGAACUACAUCACCUCCAGCUCUUUCAAGCCCCCGAUGGCCCGCUCGCUUCGCAUCAAGGAAGAGCUCCUCAGCCAGAAGCACCGCCUCCUGAGUCAGCCUGCUGCUCUUUCAUUGGCUAAUCUGGAGUCAGCCGGCUUGCUCAAUCACGCGCAGUCCCACUCCUUGCUCGGCCAGAAGGGCUCUUCCUCUUUCUGGGGGAGCAAGGCCCACCUCGACAGCCUGAUGAAAUUCAAGCAGGCCAGCGGAGCUCUGAGUGGGGCCCUCAGCGAGCUCAAAGACCUGCCUACGUUCCUGGAGAAUCACAACCACCACGGAGCCUUCUCCUUCAAGAGUUCCCUCCAUCAUCACCACCACAAUCAGGUCUCCAAGGCCCAACACCACCACCACGACGGCAAGAGAGACCAGGGCCACUCGCCUCCUGUCGACCUAAAGAUACCCCAGGUUCGGGGCAUGGAUCUCUCCUGGGACUCUCAUGCCUCCGAACUGUAUGGCUACGGCGCCAUGGGGGUCGGAGGCGGCGGCCACGGGGAGAACAGCUUGAGCCGGAAGCUGAGAGCCAUCCUACCCAAGCAGAACCGCCGGGGAGGAAGCCUCGGGAGCCUGUUGGACGGAGCUGCCGACUACUGGAGCGCCGACUUGGACCACUCCAGUUCCGGGCCGGCGUACUCCACCUCCGACGUGGAAGGGGACCCGAACUCCAAGCAGCCGAGGAAGAAGAGGGGCCGCUACCGCCAGUACAACACCGAGAUCCUGGAGGAGGCCAUUACGGUGGUGAUGAGCGGGAAGAUGAGCGUGUCCAAGGCGCAGAACAUGUACGGGAUCCCGCACAGCACCCUGGAGUACAAGGUAAAGGAGCGCUUGGGAACCCUGAAGAACCCCCCAAAGAAGAAGAUCAAGCUGAUGAUGAAGAUGGAAGCAGGAGGGCCGGAUUUUCCCGCGGAGUCAGAGAACACACCCACCGCAACCUCACGAGAAGACGACGGGCCGCCGCUGGCAGCCGCGGAGCUCAAGGACGAUGUAAAAGAAGAGAUCGAUGACAAUUUCAAACCAAUCGACUAAAAAAAAAAACGACUAACACAUUUAAACCUCA